UGAAGUAUCGCCAGUAGGUACAUAUAUGUCCAGUGCAUAUAUGAGCUCGUCUUGGCACUCGGCGCUCAGUUUACAGAGAUACUUAUCUCGGGGAAGAGUUCGUUGUAGACGGUCAAAUGUAUUACUUGUGCCUUCUCCUGUGGGUCACUUCUGUGGCAUGUCAGACCUCCAAGGAGAUCUACCAGCUACUUUCCAAGAGCCAUACAAACCAGAACCUCGUCGUCUCGCCCGUCUCCAUAGAGACCAUCCUUAGCAUGGUCUUCAUGGGCGCAGGAGGCUCGACAGCCCAGGAGCUGCAGAGUGCAUUGGGUUUACCAUCGGAGGACAAGGAGGCGGUGGCAGCCAGGUACGGGGCUCUCCUCAACGAGCUCCAGGGACAGGAGGAGGGACCCAUACUGAAGCUCGCGAACCGCAUCUACGUCAACGACCAGUACAGCCUGAAUCAGAACUACAACCUCGCUGUGAGGGAGCCCUUCAAGUCGGAGGCGGAGUCCAUCAGUCUGGCAAAUGGUCCUGUUGCGGCCGAGAGAAUCAACCAGUGGGUGCUGGACCAGACCAGUGGUAAAAUCAAGGACAUGAUCGAUCCCGGCAGCAUGACGUCCGACGUGAAGGCCUUGCUGGUGAACGCCAUCUACUUUAAGGGCCAGUGGGAGUCGAAGUUUAACCCAGCUAAGACCAGAGCCUCCACCUUCCAAGUAACUGCGAACAAGAGUGUGCCCGUCCAGAUGAUGGCGCAAAUGGGAACAUUCAGGGCUAACUACUUCCGCGACUUGGAUGCCCAAGUCAUCGAGCUGCCGUACCUUAACUCCAACCUGUCCAUGACUAUCUUUCUGCCCCGAGAAGUGGAGGGCCUGAGCGCCCUGGAAGAGAAGAUCGUUGGCUUCGCCAGACCGCUGGAUGCCAAGGAGGUGUAUCUGAAGCUGCCCAAGUUCAAAAUCGAAUUUCGUGAUGAGCUUAAAGAGACCUUAGAGAAGCUGGGCAUCCGAGAGCUUUUCACCGACAAGUCAGACUUAAGCGGCUUGUUCGCCGAUAAGUCAGGCGGCAAAGUCAGCCAGGUCUCGCACAAGGCGUUUCUGGAGGUGAACGAGGAGGGAGCGGAGGCCGCAGGUGCCACAUCUGUGGCCGUCACAAAUCGAGCGGGAUUUUCUACGUUCCUCAUGGCCGAUCAUCCCUUUGCCUUCGUCAUUCGCGAUGCGAACACCAUAUAUUUCCAGGGGCGUGUUGUAAGCCCUUGAAUAAAUGAAAUCAAUAUUUUAA